AGCGGGAGCCUGAGCUCAGGGGGGUCGAGGCGUCUUCCCUGACCGAAGCUGAAGCCGAGAAAAAUCUCCUCCUUCCCAAGCGUCUCGGACAAGAGUUCUACACGCACGACACCCGAAACCCAGAAACCGGAACAAUCGAAGCCGCAGACAGAAUCGCACGAAGUAAUGGCGUGCCGGACCGUGUUGCGCUGCGUGUUCCUGACCGAGCCAUGGAAGCCUUCGCUCGCGGCUCCCGCCCCCUUCUCUCUCUCCCUCGCCGGCGCUUCGUCGUCUCCUCCGCGCCGCAAGCUGGGUUGCGGUUACAGGCCUCCCAGGGAUCCCGGUUUCCACUCCGCCAGGCGAAGCCAGGUGCUGAAUUGCUCCACCAGUAACGGUUCGCCGUCCUCGUCUGGGAACUGGGAGGACGAUCAAGAGCAGGGUCCGCCUCAGGAAGCGGUUCUCAAGGCCAUUUCAGAGGUUUCAAAGGCGGAAGGGAGAGUAGGGCAAACAACAAAUGUGGUUAUUGGCGGUACAGUGAGUGAUGAUUCGACCAGCGAAUGGCUUGCUUUGGAUAAGAAGGUCAACACUUACCCGACAGUUAGAGGGUUUACCGCCAUUGGAACUGGUGGUGAUGAUUUUGUGCACGCUAUGAUUGUUGCCGUUGAAUCUGUCAUCCAACAGCCAAUUCCCAAGGGCCGUGUGAGGCAAAAGUCUUCAUCAAGGGGCAAAUAUGUGUCUGUAAAUAUAGGACCCAUUCAUGUUGUUUCAAGUGAGCAGGUUCAAGCAGUAUAUAAUGCAAUGAGAAGAGAUGAGCGGAUGAAGUACUUUUUGUAAUCUCCAGGUGUAUAGUGCUGUUACGCUUUCAGACUGAGUGUAGAUUUUUAAUCCUUGAUUUUCGUACCCAGUCUAAUUAAUUGGUCCAUUUUUGCCCCCAUCAUCUUGUAAUGGUAUUUCAGAUUGAUUCAGACUACACCAAUUGCAUGCAACUUCAGUUUAUUUGGAAGGACUAUUUCGUCCCUUACAUGACUGCAUACUAUUGGAUAGAC